AAUACUGCAGACAGUAGACGCUGAUGUACAAACAAUUCAACUCAUGAACGAAAAACUGCACUCUUUUUUUGAAAUUGCAAUUCAUGGUCAUAUGACAGAAGAAGAAGUUAAAACAGUUAUUAUCAUGGUGGCUGAUCUCUAUGAAUAUUACCAUGGAUACCUUCUGACCAAUGAGACAAUUUUGUCUGUUUUAACAUUAGAAAACUGCCAUAACGAUACGAUGAGAACCUUAAACUAUAAAGACACAUUGUUUGUUUUCGAUCUAUUUUUCCUUGUCAUAGAUCAUCGAGUAAAUAAACUUGUAAACCAUUUAACGUCAGACAUAUUUGCCGAAAUUGAAGAUCCGCUAGUUAGAAUAGCGUCGGGAAUCAGAGCAUCUACAUUUCUUCGUGAAUGUUAUUAUCUGCUGGUGAUGGGUUGUCGUUUUCAUAAAGAGUUUGAUAGAAUGGAUUCUGUUUUCAGAUUUAUGAAUUAUGCCAAAGGACACAUGACUUCAUUGUUUUUCAAAGACUUUACUGACAAUACAACUGUUAUCAUCAAUGCUGUAACUGACUUUAUCAACAGAUAUCCGUCCAUUGACAAUUUUGUUCCUAGAAAUAACCAAUCAUGCUUCGAGGUGAUAGAUUCUCAUCUAUCUAUCAAUGUGUCUCUUCAAGCACUAGCUUUUACUCAUGAAAUGAUUCAACAGGAAAUUUUGAUGAAGAAAGUACGUGUCCAUCUUGCUGAGAAAUAUCUAACAAUUAUUACUUUGCUUGUACUGUUUGCAUCUAUUAUUAUAGCUGCUUUCGCUGUUGUUUAUAAAUGCAAACUUGAACUCGUAGACGACUUGAAAUAUUGUGAUAACCUGUUAGAAAAAGAAAUCAAUUAUGAAAACGAAUUUUUCAAGGAUACUUUGUCAGACGUCAUCCCAAGACAAUUAUUUUCGUCUUUAGAUUUUGACUUUGAUUUCAAAGAGGAAAAAUCUUACAAGGAGCCAGAAUUUGAGGACCUUACAGAUGAAGUGUUUCAUAGAGAGUCUUCAACAACAAAUAUUUCCAGCAAUAGAUGGUACGGUGCAGACUAUAGUCAUUUUACACAUGCAGAUAUGAGAAUGAGACAUUCUCGCGGAGGGCGAUGCAGCUCGUCUAUUCAUGUACAUCGAAGAAUCGAAGAUGUCACUCUUGAUGACCCCUACUACCAAGAAGUCACAGUGAUGAUGAUUGACAUCGCAAACUUCAAUCGUUUGUUAAAUUACUUGUCGGCAAACGAAGUUGUCAACGUCGUGACGUAUAUGACACGAUUGAUAGAUGACAGAGCGUCUUACUAUGAUGUUUUCAUAGCCUCAAAAGGAACCUCAUCCUUUACAGUCAUAUCAGGUUUUACAGAAGAACAAAGAUGUUACCAUGCGUCACAUAUAGCCAAUAUGGCUUUAGAUGUCAGUGUUUCAUGUGGAGAUUUAGAGAUAGAUAGUGUGCCAGAUUGCAAAUUACGCUUAUGUAUUGGUAUUCAUACAGAUUCCAGUUGCGCUUCCAUUGUUACACAACCAAAGACAAGAUUCCGUAUAUAUGGUGGUAUAUUGAAAACAGUACAGACUCUACAAAAAUCGUCAUUUCCGAACAAAAUACAGAUUAGCGAUACUACAUACAAAAUAUUGUCACGAGACGGAGUUUACAACACACAGAAAAGGGGCUAUAUAGAUCUAAAGAAUGGAAAGAAAAUUUGUACUCACUGGUUACUAGGGAAACGUGUUUCUGUCGUUUCUGUGGCACCAGAAUUGAAUUAUAGACGUCGUAGUACCAUCGUUCACCCUAUUGAACUGGAACAGAAGCCUUUAUAUGAAUUUGACGCAGAGGAAGGAAUGCCUCCAGCAUGGACACAUGCUCAUCUUUUUCAACCUGACGAUCCCACAAUGCCUCAUUGUUCUUUCCAGAGUAUGUCAGAUUUAUCGUCAUCACGACGUUACCGAACACAGGGUAAUGUGUUGUUUGAAGAGACUGUGAUAUAAGAACCAUGUAUUAUGAAACAUUUAUUAUAUAUUU